CUUUCAGUUCUGCUUGAAGAGUUGGUGCCCGGAGGAAUUUUCUCGCUAUUCUCUGGUUAUAGAGAGGAAAAUUUUCGGUUCUUUCAUCUCGUUUAUUGAAUAGUUUGCGGUAUAUUAGUAUUUCCAUUUCUUGUAAAUUGUGGCUUGGGAGAAAAACUCUAUACACGUUUCGUGUAUUUUUCAACAUAUGCUCAACAUUUUUGCUCUAGGACUUAUGUGAAGAGAAUUCAAACUAUAUAUUAACUUUGGACGUUAGAAACUAGAAUUAUAGAAAACGUUUAUACGAACUUUGGACAAUGGGAAUGAAAUAUUUCCUUUACUUCUUUCUAGUAGUUAUAAGCUACGUGAGAGCAACAUCAUGGAACAACCUGAAUUGUCCAGCUCCAAGAGCUCCCGACAAUGGCCUCAGCUUCAUCUUUCGCAAUGGAGAACUAGUUCAUUUCCGAUGUCAUCCUGGUUAUCUAAUGAAAGGCAAACCCGUUGCCUACUGUGUCAAUAACGUUUGGACAGAAGCUGCUCCAGAAUGCAUACCAAUUAAAAAACGUCUUCAUCACACGAAUCAGCCAUCAGGGCAUGACACCCUUAUUCAUUACUCUCGGAAACAUGAUCGACAUGAAGAAAUUUCAAAACUAGAUAAGCAACGCCAGUUAUUCAACUGGGGAGACCAAACAACCACACAAAGCGUGUAUGGAGAUGGUCCCAGAAGAUUACCCUUGAUCAAUGGUAUUUGGCCUCCUCAGGAUGUAGCAGAACAAGUCCUUGCUUUAGGUCCACAAAGUACCCCUGGUCCUAAGACCAUGGUCAAAGAAGAAAUCGACAUAGCUGAACUCAGACAUAAGCAACUGGAAGAACUGAAGAAGCAAAGACAUAGUGAUUCGCGAUUAGGUGGAAAAAAACGUCAAGGCCAUAAGAAGAAUAGACAUAGAAGGAAAAACGUAACCGUUAUUGACGAAUCUGUGCCUAGAGAAACUAUCGUAUCUCUUGGAAGUACAGAAGACGGAGAUGCUUUGUCUAUAGCUUUUGCAAAACCUGGAAAUGAAACCAGUAAAGCUCAGAUGAGGCACAAAUAUCGUCAUCGCAAUAAACCGAAGGGAAAACAUCAUGGAAAGGGGAAGAAAUGGCGUGCACCUCAUCCAACAUCUGACCCUUUCAUUACAUCACGAAGAUCAAGAGUUGACACAAGUGGCAUUUCUCCAUAUCACACUAUAUACCAGUUCAAUUCUGCAAAAUACCACGAUAUUGAGGAAUUGCGUCGGAGACCGAUUGAGCGUGUACAACAGCACCAAAGCGAAACGGCAGCUUUUGAAAAGUAUGAUGCUUCAUGUGUGGAUGCUCUGUAUGGAAGAGAAGUGCCUAUGAUUGCACCACAAGUACGCAAUGCUUUUGUUUAUCGGUAUGAGACGAAAAAAAAUAAGUUGUAUCCAUUCAACAGCUAUAUGGUUGUGAAAUAUAGAUGUUUCGGUGGUUUUACGCUCGGAAAUAAGAUGGCACAUGCAUUAUAUUGUAAAGAAGGUUCGUGGGUUGGAGAGAUUCCACGCUGUGUCAAAGACACAGCUUAAUUUGUUUUACAUGUGACUUGACUGAUUUUUUUUCAAAAAUUGCCUAGUUUAUCAAACAAUUUCAGUUACAUUUAAUACAAGAAAAAAUAUUGUUUCAUAUCGGCAUUUGUACAUACAAAAAUCUUGACUUUAUUUUCGGUUUAGGAUAUCGUUUGUUUCCCUUCCUGCAUCUCAAACUUAUUUUGACUGCGCAAAGAAGAGUGUAAUUGAACAACAGAAAUAAUGAAAUCCUCGGAAAGAAACAUUUGUUUCUUAUUUAUAUGUUUCUUUGUGCCAAAGGAUUGGAUUACACAAGCGUAUGAAACUGAACGCGAAUAUUUGAACUUCUUUAUAACAAAAAGUCAUCGCCCAAAUCAUACUGUUCGUAUACAAUAUUUCAUGCUGUACAAUUUUGAUUGAUAAAAGUAAAGAAUCAUACAUCAUAAUUUGAUAUAACAUAGAGGCAUUUAAAUUAAUCACGAGGAAGAAUUUUCUCAAACAGCCAAUAAAUCAGCUCCGAAUUUCAUGAAAAAUCAUCUUGAAAACUGUUUACUCGACUAUGGUUACUAUCGGAGAUGAUAAUGCUAUUCAUUUAUCCAUUUUAAAGGUAGAGUUUAUUAUUGUGAAAAUAUUUAUAAUGCUGUAGCAGUUUGGUCUAUAUGAAUUAUAGUCUAGGUUGUAGCUUCAAAAUGCGUUGAAAACGUCAAUGUAGCGAAUAUUGUUAAAAUCUGUAUCCACAUUGAAGAAGAAACAGCUUUGAUAAAAGAUCUGAUUACUAAGAAUAUUAUAAACUUCUAUUUGCUCCAGCUUCGAGAAUUUAUGUAAAUCAACUGAGAAAGGAAGAGAGCGGAAUUUAUUUCGUUCAUGUUUUGCUUUAACUUAAUUUUGACAUAACCGAUGCUAAUAUAAUUUUAGUACAGUCAGCUUGUUAAAGCAUUUCAACUUGUUUCUUAUUGAAGUGUUAAGAUCACAAAUGUUAAUAAUUAAUUUAUCAUAUAUUUAAAUGAAUGAUAUUUAAAAUGAUUUUUGUAUGAACUCAUACCUAUCAGCUCAUUUUGUUCUGUAAAAGACUACUCUUGUGUCUCUGUUUAUAAGUUUUUUUCUCUUAAUAAAAAACUUAGUUAAAUUUAA